AUGCAAUCGGCCUUUAUCAAACCAACUUACAACUUGAUAUUCAGAAUGAGAGACGAGGGUAAUAAUUGUGCAAGAAGUGCUUCCAUGGAAAGUUGUACUCUCCACUCCAUUCAUGAAGUGUUGGACAAGAGUCACCAAAACAUGUUGAGACCAUCCUCACUGUGUGUUCCACCUCAUCAUUACAACCAUACAUAUAAAUCCAAUGGACAACCUUACCAUCAAGGUAAUCAUUUACAUUCUAACCUUUCAAACAAGAAUAUUCCUUCAAAUAUCCACUCCACAACACUCCAUUCUUCUUUUCAAUACAGUUCGGUAAACAAUUCCACCCAUCCCAUCAAGGAAUCUCUAGGACACUCUCUAAAUUCUACUCCUCUUCAUGAGGCGAAUGAUGAAUCGUGGUACAAGCAUGCACCGACAUCUCAUUACAAAUCAUCCCAUUCGGUCUCGAAAAUUCCAAUCUCAUCCUUACCAACCCGGGAGAAUAUCUCUAACCAAUUGACAACAUACAACAUUCGCUUUAAUCAACCACACUCAUUGGUAAAGACGAACACCGUUCAACAUACAAAUGGAGUGAACUCAAACCAUCAAGUACCCUCACACCUAUCUCAUCCACAUAACAUGAUGAUGAAUAACAUGAGAGGGAGUAGUUCUAGGAUGAGAAGAUCAAGUCUCUCCGCUACAACUGCUCCUAUGACAACCAAUAAUAACACAACACAGAGUCCAACCAACAAGAAUUGUCUACCAUCCAUUGCUGAGAUAUUAAGGAACAUCGAAGAUACCAUUCCCAUGACUUUGAUCAACAACAAGGAGCAACACUCCACAAGAGAAUGGACCAACACUAUGAAUGAACCUAACCAUGUUUACUUGGUGAACCAAAAUGAUGAAGGAUCUCAGUUACAAGCACUUUCAAUGAGAAAUCAAAGUUUGGAGAUGAAUAACAACCAUAUGAAGCCAACCACCAUGAACUCACAACCAACAAGAAUUGAUCAAUUCUCACCUCACUCAUCAUUAGUGCUGAACCAUAGAAACAGAUCGAAUAGUGUGUCGUCCUCUGCCAUCUCCUCUUCUGUUCAAAGUGCUAACACAUCCUCUUCUCAAAUGAGUAAUCGUUCCAAGAAUUGUUCGAAUUCUAGUGAUUCAACUCUUUACAAAAACUCCAAAAUUUCAAAAUCCAAUAAUACCACCACCAUGCUCAAGAAGAAUAAGAGGUACUUAUCAGAUCGAGCAGUGAAGUUAUUGAAAGAAUGGUUAUUCUUGAAUUGGGACAAUCCAUAUCCAGAUUCUAAUCAAAAAAGAGAGUUAGCCAAAAUGGCCGAUAUUUCAGUUUCACAAGUCAACAAUUUUUUCAUUAAUGCAAGACGCCGCAUCUGUAAAAAGUUUGAAAGCCCUCCUGAAGAUCACUUCAAUUAA